AUGAUGCUGAAAAGCAUAAGCUUUAGUUUGAAGCUUGUGGAAAGAGAAAGGGGGAUCACAGUUAAGGCGCAAACAGCAACCAUGUUCCACUAACACACCGUUGGUGGCACUAAUUCUUCUGAUAAACAAGAUUCCCCAAGUUUUCUACUAAAUCUCAUCGACACUCCGGGUCACGUGGACUUCAGCUACGAGGUCUCAAGAUCUCUUGCGGCUUGCCAGGGUGCUCUUUUAGUAGUUGAUGCUGCCCAAGGAGUCCAAGCACAAACAGUGGUUAAUUUUCAUCUUGCAUUCGAGUCGAACCUAACCAUAAUCCCUGUAAUUAACAAAAUUGAUCAGCCUACUGCUGAUCCUGAACGUGUUAAAUCUCAAUUAAUGUCUCUAUUUGAUCUUGAUCCUGAAGAUGCUCUUCUCACUUCUGCGAAGACCGGUAAAGGCCUUGACCAAGUCCUGCCUGCUGUUAUAGAGCGAAUACCUUCUCCAGAUGGAAAGUGUGAUUCACCUUUACGGAUGCUUUUAUUAGAUUCGUACUACGAUGAAUAUAAAGGAGUGAUCUGCCAUGUCGCUGUUGUUGAUGGUGCUCUUCGAAAAGGCGAUAAGAUUGGUUCAGCUGCAAUCUCACAGACUUAUGAGGUUCUAGAUGUGGGUAUAAUGCACCCAGAACUUACCUCGACUGGAGUUCUAUUCACUGGACAAGUUGGUUAUGUUGUAAGUGGUAUGCAUUCAACAAAAGAGGCACUUGUUGGCGAUACGCUUUACCAUGCCCAGUUCACAGUAGACCCACUCCCAGGUUUCAAGCCUGCGAAGCAUAUGGUGUUCUCUGGUCUCUAUCCGGCUGAUGGAUCUGAUUUUGAUGCUCUUAACCAUGCAAUAGAGAGACUGACAUGCAAUGAUGCGAGUGUAUCAGUCAUGAAAGAGACCAGUACUGCACUAGGCAUGGGAUUUAGGUGUGGCUUCCUGGGUUUGCUUCACAUGGAUGUCUUUCAUCAACGGCUUGAACAAGAAUAUGGAGCUCGAGUAAUAUCAACAAUACCAACCGUACCGUAUAUUUUUGAGUAUGCAGAUGGAAGUAAAAUACAAGUCCAGAAUCCUGCUGCACUGGCUUCAAAUCCUGGAAAACGUGUAACUGCUUGUUGGGAGCCGGCUGUUAUUGCGACUAUUAUUAUUCCUAGUGAGUAUGUGGGACCUAUUAUUACACUUUGUUCAGAAAGAAGUGGAGAGCAGCUAGAAUAUUCAUUCAUUGACAGUCAACGUGCUCUUAUGAAAUAUCGGUUGCCACUGAGGGAAAUUAUUGUGGACUUCUACAAUGAAUUGAAAAGUAUAACAUCUCGAUAUGCCACCUUUGAUUACGAAGAUUCUGAGUACCAAAAAUCAGAUCUGGUAAAACUGGACGUCCUCCUCAAUGGCCAACCUGUCGAUGCUAUGGCAACUAUAGUUCAUAGUCUGAAGGCGCAAAGGGUCGGCCGUGGAUUGGUGGAUAAACUUAAGAAGUUGAUAGACAGACAAAUGUUUGACAUAACCAUACAAGCGGCAAUUGGUUCCAAAGUUGUUGCCAGGGAAACCCUCUCAGCGAUGAGAAAGAAUGUUCUAGCAAAAUGCUAUGGUGGUGAUGUCACUCGGAAGAAGAAGCUUUUGGAAAAGCAGAAGGAAGGGAAGAAACGCAUGAAGCACAUUGGCUCUGUCGAUAUACCACAAGAAGCAUUUCAUGAGCUGUUCAAGAUCUCUUGAAUGUAAAGUAGAGAAAUUGCGGUGAGAAAAGGUUUCCUCUCAAGAUGCAGCAGAACAUGUCGCCUAAAUGCUUCAGUUCAUAACAAGUUUAGAGGAAAUAUAAGUAGGGCAGGGGGCUGUAUCGAUCUACGACAACAACAACCUGAUGAACCAUGCGGCAUUCACUAAGUUAUCAUCAUUAUAUUCUUUCAAGGAGUUGGUCAUCAAUAAAUUUGUUUUGCCUAAAUGAAAUGAACGAAAGGAACUUUGAUGUUAGCAGCACAUUG